AUGGCCGCCUUCCGCGUACUCGGGCUGGCGCCCUGGUUGGCGGCCCAGGCGGAGCAGCUGGGCCUGGCGAGGCCUACUCUGGUGCAAGAAGCCUGCAUCCCCCCCACUCUCCAAGGUCGUGACUGCAUGGGAUGCGCCAAGACGGGGAGUGGGAAGACUGCCGCCUUUGUGCUGCCAAUCUUGCAAAAACUGUCGGAAGAUCCCUACGGUAUUUUUUGCUUGGUCCUGACGCCAACUAGAGAACUGGCUUACCAGAUAGCCGAACAGUUCCGAGUUCUCGGGAAGCCGUUGGGCUUAAAGGAUUGCAUUGUCGUUGGUGGAAUGGACAUGGUGGGUCAGGCCCUGGAGCUUUCUCGGAAGCCUCACGUGGUCAUCGCCACCCCUGGCCGGCUGGCCGAUCACCUCCGGAGCUCCAGCACCUUCAGCCUUCAAAAGAUCAAGUUCUUGGUCCUGGACGAAGCCGACCGUCUGCUGGAGCAAGGCUGCACCGACUUCACCCACGACCUGGAAGUGAUUCUGGGGGCCGUGCCAGCCGCCAGGCAGACCCUCCUAUUCAGCGCCACGCUGACCGACACGUUGACUGAGCUCAAGCAGGUCGCCAUGAACAAGCCCUUCUUCUGGGAGUCUCCGUCGGAAGUGCGGACAGUAGAAGAGCUCGACCAGCGCUACCUGCUGGUGCCGGAGAAGGUCAAGGACGCCUACCUCGUCCACCUGGUCCAGACAUUCCAGGAUGAGCAUGAAGACUGGUCCAUCAUCAUCUUCACCAACACCUGCAAGAAUUGCCAGGUUCUGAACAUGAUGCUGAGGAAAUUCAACUUCCCCUCGGUGGCUCUGCAUUCAAUGAUGAAGCAGAAGCAACGCUUCGCUGCUCUGGCCAAGUUCAAAUCCAGCGUCUACAAGAUCCUCAUAGCCACUGACGUCGCUGCCAGAGGACUCGACAUCCCGACAGUCCAGGUGGUCAUCAACCACAACACCCCCGGGCUCCCCAAAAUCUACAUCCACCGAGUAGGCCGGACUGCCCGUGCAGGUAGGCACGGGAUCGCCAUCACGCUGGUGACCCAGUACGACAUUCAUCUGGUCCACGCGAUCGAGGAACAGAUCAAAAUGAAGCUCGAGGAGUUCUCCGUAGAGGAACGGUCCGUGCUGAACAUCCUCACCCAAGUGAACGUGGUGCGGCGCGAGUGUGAGAUUAGAUUAGAAGCAACAGAUUUCGAUGAGAAGAAGGAAAUCAACAAGCGGAAGCAGAUGAUCCUUGAAGGAAAGGACCCGGACUUGGAAGGGCAGCGGAAGGCCGAACUGGCCAAGAUCAGGAAAAAGAACAUCGAGUUCCGCAGCAGGGUCCAGCAGACAUUGCAGGAGAAGCAGCAGCAGAAGCUGCGGCGGAAGAUGCAGAAGAAAAUGCGGCGGCCGCAAAAGCCGGUUGCAGCCGAGUAG